GUUGCCGCGGUGCAGCCGGGCCCCGCCCCUCCAGGCCCCGCCCCGGGGCGGAGCCAGUCCCGGCCCCGCCCCUGGCGGGCACUUCCGGCGGGGAGGAAUUCCGGGCUCCGGCCGCGGUUGCUGCUGGAGGUGUCGGCGCUGCUGCCCGGAGCCCCCCUAUGAGCGCGGCGCCCCUGGUGGGCUACAGCAGCAGCGGCUCCGAGGAUGAGGACGAGGCUGAGGCCGGAGCCCGGGCCCGACCCGGAGCUGAAGGCAGCAGCCGUCGCCAGAGUCCCCUUCCCAGCCAGAGGUGGCCGGUACCUGACAGUGUGCUCCACAUGUUCCAGGGCGCCGAGGAGGGGCCAGAGGAUGACAGUUCAAAGCACGGGGGCCGGAUCCGCACCUUCCCCCACGAGCGGGGCAACUGGGCCACUCACGUCUAUGUGCCGUACGGAGCCAGGGAGGAGUUCCAGGAGCUGCUGGCCGCGCUGCUGGCCCACGCACAGACGUACGUGCCCCGGCUGGUAGGGGUGGAGGCCUUCCACCUCAGCCUCUCUCACAGCGUGGUGCUGCGUCACCACUGGAUCCUGCCCUUCGUGCAGGCCCUGAAGGAUCGCCUGGCCUCCUCCCAGAGAUUCUUUUUCACUGCCGACCGGGUAAAAAUAUAUACUAAUCAAGAGAAAACCAGGACCUUCCUGGGGCUUGAGGUGACCUCGGGGCACGCCCAGUUCCUGGACCUGGUCUCGGAGGUGGACCAAGUCAUGGAGGAAUUCGAGCUCCCCACUUUCUACCAGGACCCUUCCUUCCAUAUCAGCCUGGCCUGGUGUGUGGGCGACGCCCGUCCCCAGCUGGAGACGCGGUGCCUGCGGGAACUCCAGGAACUCGUGGAGGAGUUUGAGGACUCGGAGGUGCUGCUGCGCGUGCUGGCUGAGCACGUCCGCUGCAAGGCGGGGAACAAGUUCUUCUCGCUGCCUUUGAAGUGAGCCGAGAGAAGGAGCCGGCCGAGGGGCUGCCCCACCGCCUGCUGACCGGGUCACUGACCCCGAAGCCACCAGCAGAGGGCAGCCUGGGCUUGCUUGUUCCUGCCUGGAAGAGGGGAAGCCAGAAAUAAAAGUGGGUCACC